ACCCCGCGCCCUGUGGAUCGCGCCCCUCUUCCUCGGUCCUCGCCCCUUCUUCCAUUUUCGCAGGCGAGUCCGCAGUUGGUAGAGGGGCGCGUAAAACAAUUCUCGAGCAAAAGUGCUUCUCGCCUGCGGAGGAUGUAGCUCCCAAGUCAGACUCCUGGGGGACUCCUCGGGCUGGCUUUCGCCGUCGGGUAUCGGUUGUGUAACAGCUCUGCCCUAGUUAUCUCUUUGUGAGGCGAGGAUUCUUCCACCGGCGAGCCGUUUUAAAGUGUCGUGAGAUCUUGUGUGAAGAAACCCAUUGGCAUAGCCCAAACCGAAGCCCCCAAAGGGAGGAGAGUUGCUGGCCUGAAAUCAGCUGCUCUUAAAUAAGGAUCCCCGCCCCCUCCAGUGUUUCCCCGGUGGAGCUAGUUGAAAACGAGUCCUCCUGUACGUGUUAAUUUAGAGCAGAAGCAGCCAUCGAUAAAUACCAUGCCAUCUUCUAAGGGCACUGUGCGCCCCUGUUAUUAAGAGGAGCUCUUUGUUCUGUCUUUGGUGUGUGGUGCAUUCAUGAAAGUCUGCAGCACAUCGGCGAAAGAAAACGUUGUGUGACGUGAUCCUCAUGGUCCAGGAAAGAAAGAUACCUGCUCAUCGUGUUGUUCUUGCUGCAGCAAGUCAUUUUUUUAACUUAAUGUUCACAACUAACAUGCUUGAAUCAAAGUCCUUUGAAGUAGAACUCAAAGAUGCUGAACCUGAUAUUAUUGAACAACUUGUGGAAUUUGCUUAUACUGCUAGAAUUUCCGUGAAUAGCAACAAUGUUCAGUCUUUGUUGGAUGCAGCAAACCAAUAUCAGAUUGAACCUGUGAAGAAAAUGUGUGUUGAUUUUUUGAAAGAACAAGUUGAUGCUUCAAAUUGCCUUGGUAUAAGUGUGCUAGCAGAGUGUCUAGAUUGUCCUGAAUUGAAAGCAACUGCAGAUGACUUUAUUCAUCAGCAUUUUACUGAAGUUUACAAAACUGAUGAAUUUCUUCAACUUGAUGUCAAGCGAGUAACACAUCUUCUCAACCAGGACACUCUGACUGUGAGAGCAGAGGAUCAGGUUUAUGAUGCUGCAGUCAGGUGGUUGAAAUACGAUGAACCUAAUCGCCAGCCAUUUAUGGUUGAUAUCCUUGCUAAAGUCAGGUUUCCUCUUAUAUCAAAGAAUUUCUUAAGUAAAACGGUACAAGCUGAACCACUUAUUCAAGACAAUCCUGAAUGCCUUAAGAUGGUGAUAAGUGGAAUGAGGUACCAUCUACUGUCUCCAGAGGACCGAGAAGAACUCGUAGAUGGCACAAGACCCAGAAGAAAGAAACAUGACUACCGCAUAGCCCUAUUUGGAGGCUCUCAACCACAGUCUUGUAGAUAUUUUAACCCAAAGGAUUAUAGCUGGACAGACAUCCGCUGCCCCUUUGAAAAACGAAGAGAUGCAGCAUGCGUGUUUUGGGACAAUGUAGUAUACAUUUUGGGAGGCUCUCAGCUUUUCCCGAUAAAGCGAAUGGACUGCUAUAAUGUAGUGAAGGAUAGCUGGUAUUCCAAACUGGGUCCUCCGACACCUCGAGACAGCCUUGCUGCAUGUGCUGCAGAAGGCAAAAUUUAUACAUCUGGAGGUUCAGAAGUAGGAAACUCAGCUCUGUAUUUAUUUGAGUGCUAUGAUACGAGAACUGAAAGCUGGCACACAAAGCCCAGCAUGCUGACCCAGCGAUGCAGCCAUGGGAUGGUGGAAGCCAAUGGCCUGAUCUAUGUUUGUGGUGGAAGUUUAGGAAACAAUGUUUCUGGGAGAGUGCUUAAUUCCUGUGAAGUUUAUGAUCCUGCCACAGAAACAUGGACUGAGCUGUGUCCAAUGAUUGAAGCCAGGAAGAAUCAUGGGCUGGUAUUUGUAAAAGACAAGAUAUUUGCUGUGGGUGGUCAGAAUGGUUUAGGUGGUCUGGACAAUGUGGAAUAUUACGAUAUUAAGUUGAACGAAUGGAAGAUGGUCUCACCAAUGCCAUGGAAGGGUGUAACAGUGAAGUGCGCAGCAGUUGGCUCUAUAGUUUAUGUCUUGGCUGGUUUUCAGGGUGUUGGUCGAUUGGGACACAUUCUCGAAUAUAAUACUGAAACGGACAAAUGGGUUGCCAACUCCAAAGUUCGUGCUUUUCCAGUCACAAGUUGUUUAAUUUGUGUUGUCGAUACUUGUGGAGCAAAUGAAGAGACCCUUGAAACAUGAAAAAUGAGUGGACUUCAGAAUCAUCAGAGACUCAAAAAUAUAGCCACCAGUGCUUUGUUCCAAGAGUUUGGUGACAAAGUUUUGGUUUGGUGUUUUGGUAAAGAAAGUUUCAAGUGAAAUGAGGUUCCUAUUCAAUAGAUGUUUCUUUUAUAUGGAUUUCCUUAAUUCAAAGAUCAUAUUUUAGCUGACCACAAAACCAAGAACAUAUCUAGCAAGAAAACUUGAAAAAGUAUAAGCAUUUGUUAAAAAUAUGAAUUUCUUGAAUGAAUUUCACAUUUGUAACUAUGAUUUUGGCAGAAUGGCAGAUUGGCUCAUCAGUGAAGCGCAGUAUCUUAGCUCUAGAUUCUGUUUUCAUGCAUCACAGAAGUGCUACGUGGUUAGGUCUGUUUGUGCUCAGUCAAGAACUAAGAAAUAGUAUGAACUGUAAGUCAAGAUGGGCAACUCAGAUGGAGCAGCUUAGUCUCACAUAGUUUGCUUGUCUUUAUUUAUUUUUCUAGUGCCAAAUGUAUUCCAUUUUUAAAGUAAGCCAGAGUGAGUCAAGGCAUAUACACACUUUCUCAAAAAACUUCCUAAACAGAUUUGGGGGUUUAAUGUGUCCAACUCCUCAUGAAAUGUAUUCGAUCCACUUAAAUAUAUUCCAUAUUUUUAACACAAAAUGUAAAGCUUAGCACCAAUCAUUAAUUUAUGUAUGUUUUAUUCAGUGGUUAAAAAAGGAUUCUGCCUCUUUAGUCCUCACUGUUAAAUAAAAUCCAAUCAUAAUAAGUGAUUAACUAGCAAAAGGUUAAGCUAUUUAUAGCAAAUUUCUAGAUCAUUAGAAAAUCACUGGUAGUUGUACCACAAUAUCAGUGUUGACUUUGAACUUCUUUAAAGAGAUCAUGAAUUAUUUUCCCUUAGCCAAAACAUGAGAUAUUUAACCUAGUUGUCUCUAAAAGUUUUGUAAUCAUGAGUUAUAUAUAUGUCAUCUCCUAUUCAUUGCUUUUAUGUGAUCAAUAAAUCUUUUACAAACCCAACUACUCAUUUCUUUUUUAGUAAUACUUUGCCUUUUUCACUGUGUAUGGAAUGAACCAUGUAAAGCUGUCACCAUCAAUGUUUUUAUCUGAUAAUAUUAAAUAUUUUUUAACUUAAAA